UUGGAUUUGGCGCUGCUUUACGUUACAAACGUAGGAAGUUCAGUAGUGGAAGCUUGCUUGUUGUGGUGUCAUCCUCAAUCUUGUCUUUUCUUGCUAUUUGAUCGUUAAAUCCUAUUUGCUUUACCAAGAUGCCGAUGCAGCGAACAUACGUGCAGAAGAGAGAUGGGAGGAAGGAGAAUGUCAUGUUCGACAAGAUCACAUCUCGUAUUCAGAGAUUAUGUUACAACCUGAAUUCAGACUUCAUUGACCCAGCUGUUAUUACAAUGAAGGUGAUCAAUGGGGUCUACCCUGGUGUGACCACAGUCGAGCUAGAUACCCUAGCGGCAGAAACAGCUGCUACCAUGACAACCAAGCAUCCUGACUACGCUGUCCUGGCAGCACGUAUUGCCGUCUCUAACCUCCAUAAAGAAACAAAGAAACUCUUCAGUGCUGUAAUGACGGAUCUUUACGAGUACGUAAACCCAAGGAACAAUCUUCAUUCUCCUCUUAUCAGCAAAGAAACUAUGGAUAUCAUCAAUGAGAAUGCUGAUAGGUUGAAUUCUGCAGUACUGUAUGACAGGGACUUUGAAUACAACUUCUUUGGGUUCAAGACACUAGAAAGAUCCUACCUCCUGAAGAUCAACGGCAAAGUUGCUGAAAGACCCCAACACAUGUUGAUGAGAGUUGCUGUUGGUAUCCAUGGAAGGGACAUCGAUGCUGCAAUAGAGACGUACAAUCUCUUGUCUGAUAGAUGGUUUACUCACGCUUCACCGACGCUCUUCAAUGCUGGUACCAAUAGACCACAGCUAUCAAGCUGUUUCCUUCUAACUAUGCAAGAUGAUAGCAUCGAUGGUAUCUAUGAGACACUAAAGAAUUGCGCCCUCAUCUCUAAGACGGCUGGUGGUAUCGGUCUAAAUGUUCACAACAUCAGGGCAUCUGGUAGCUACAUUGCAGGGACAAAUGGCAACUCCAAUGGUUUAUUACCCAUGCUUCGUGUGUACAACAAUACAGCUAGAUAUGUAGAUCAGGGAGGCAAUAAGCGUCCUGGUGCCUUUGCCAUCUACCUAGAGCCAUGGCAUGCUGAUAUCCAUGAUUUCUUAGACUGUAAGAAGAACCACGGCAAGGAGGAACAGAGAGCUAGAGACCUAUUCUAUGCCCUCUGGAUCCCUGAUCUCUUCAUGAAGAGGGUUGAAGCCGAUGGUGACUGGACACUCAUGUGCCCUCAUGAAUGCCCUGGCUUGGAAAACGUUUGGGGAGAUGAAUUCGAACAGCUCUACGAGAGGUAUGAGAAAGAAGGAAAGGGUAGGAAGACAAUGAAGGCCCAGGCUCUGUGGUAUGCCAUCAUUGAAUCUCAAACAGAGACUGGUACCCCAUAUAUGCUCUACAAGGACCAUUGUAACAGGAAGAGUAACCAACAAAAUUUGGGAACCAUCAAAUGCAGUAACCUGUGUACAGAGAUCGUAGAGUAUUCAAGUCCUGAUGAGGUGGCUGUGUGUAAUCUUGCCUCCAUUGCUCUGCCACGAUUUGUGAAGCAAGACCGAACAUUCGACUUCAAGAAGCUUGAAGAGGUUACCAUGGUGAUCACUCGCAAUCUCAACAAGAUCAUCGAAAUCAACUACUACCCAAUUCCAGAGGCUAGGCGAAGCAACUUCCGUCAUCGUCCCAUCGGAAUUGGUGUUCAGGGUCUAGCUGAUGCUUUCAUCCUCAUGAGGUUCCCCUUUGAGAGCGCAGAGGCCAAGAAACUCAACAUCCAGAUCUUUGAAACCAUCUACUAUGCUGCUCUGAAGGCUAGCUGUGAGAUUGCUGCUAAGCUUGGCCCUUAUGAGACAUAUGAGGGCUCACCUGUCAGCAAAGGAAUUCUUCAGCAUGACAUGUGGGACGUGACCCCAACUGACCUCCACGACUGGGCUGCCCUCAAGGCCGACAUCGCCAAGCACGGCGUCCGUAACAGUCUUCUCCUCGCUCCCAUGCCAACUGCAUCCACCGCUCAGAUCCUUGGUAACAACGAAUCCAUCGAGCCGUACACCAGUAAUAUCUACACGCGUCGUGUGCUUUCAGGAGAGUUCCAGGUCGUCAAUCAUCAUCUUCUUAGGGACCUUACCGACAUGGGUCUGUGGUCUGAUGAGAUGAAGAACAUGCUCAUUGCUCACUCUGGAUCUAUUCAGAACAUUCCAUCAAUCCCAGAUGACAUCAAGGCAUUGUAUAAGACUGUUUGGGAGAUCUCACAGAAGACUGUUAUUCAGAUGGCUGUUGACCGCGGUGCAUACAUUGAUCAGAGUCAAUCACUUAAUAUUCACAUUGCUGAACCAAACUAUGGCAAGCUAACCAGUAUGCACUUCUUUGCAUGGAGAUCGGGUCUGAAGACGGGUAUGUAUUACCUUCGCACACGCCCAGCUGCUAACCCUAUCCAGUUCACUCUCAAUAAACUAAGCUUGAAGGAGAAAUCAGGAACCAAGCUAUCAGAUGCUGAAGAACAAGAGAAGGAGAAGGCCAAGAAUGAAGCAGCUAUGCUCUGCUCUCUAGAAAACAAGGAUGCCUGUCUGUCAUGCGGAUCUUAGAUUGGCUCUGACCUCAUCGCAAUUCUUGAAAUAUAAUGAUUAUAAUGAAUGAAAUUAUUUGAAGGCUAUCACCUUUUGAACAUUCAAUGUUCUCUCAGAUGUAUCAUCUUCUCUAAAGUUCAUUUUCAUUGACCUCAAACAUGAAGGGAUCGACCUAUGAUGUGACACUUGCUAGAACACCCUACCAAAUUUACGCAUUGCAUUUUGGAGGAAUGAUCUCAUGCAAUGUGGGAAUGCUUUGAACUAAGAGUUCUUGUUUCAACACAACAUAAUCUUUCAACAUGAAAAGGAUAGUUUUCCGAUAUGUAAGAUCUGAGAGCCUUUUGAUAUGGACCAUAGCAUUGCAUGGAAGACAAGACACCGCUGCUUUUGAGGCUUGAUAUACCUUAACCGGUUGACUGCUGAAUACUUCUGUUCCCAUUUGUUGUGUACAUUGACCAACAGGUUCCAGUAGUCAAUGGGCUGAGCGCCUAUGUACAGCAGUUCUGUAUUUUAGAUGCAAUUUUGUGGUCCUUUUGUAAAGAGAUAAAAAUAUAGUAUGAAGGUCUUGGAUCUUACAUAAGAGGAGAGCCAAUGAAAUGUUCUGAGAAAAAAUGAACAAUUUGAAAACUUUUUGUGCAAAGUAAAUGAACACCCAUUGUCAACAACAUGGGUAGGUUAUUUCCUGUUGAUGUGAAUAACGAUUUAAUGUAGUUUUAUUUAUUACUGUGUUCAUUAAGCCCAUAUGUCAAGUUCUCUAAGUCACCAGACAAAUAACUUUCUCCCACGACUUCCAAGAAAAACCCCAAGUCAAGCAUAGCACAAAUUACUACUUACUUUACCUACAUGUUAUAGGAAGAUGAUAGAUUAAAAUGUAAAUAUGUGUAAAAUUGGUUUUGUAUACUUUUAUAUAAUAUUUAGAUUGAAGGUUUUGAACAUAAGGGCUUCUCAAGUGGAUGGCCAUAUAAACAGUGUAUCAUGGGGGUAUGUUUCAAGAUGUAGAAAUGAUCACAAGUUUCUUCUCAAAUUGCCUACCACCUUGCAAGCCUGUCCACUUUGAGAUAACCCGAUAGACUGUACAGGGCAGCAUAUUCAUUUUGUGGAAGUGGAUCUAAUAUUUAUAAACUACUAUUCAGUUUUGUGUAUGUCGUCCUUUGUGUAAUUGUUACUUGAAAAAAAAAUCAAAAUGAAAUUCGACAAAAAUUGUAUUUUAAAAAAUUGAAGGACAAAAAUGUCGAGUAUUUAUGAAGAGAGUAAGAUUUUGAUAAACCACAUCUAUACUCAAUGUUACAGUUAUACUGUGAUGGGUAGAAAUGUUCUUUAUUUUAGAUGGCUAAAGAUUUGAACACAGUAAACUAUACCCUGCAUUAAAUGCACUCAAUCUGAUAAUAUUCUAUAAUAAGCUCAUGUGAUGAACAGUGAAUUAUAAACAAAAUAUUCCAAAUACAAUUAUGUAAAUGUAUUUACAAUAGCCAUGUACAGUUAUAUGUACAUAAUAAAGCUAACUGCCUCUUCAGUGGA